UUCCAAAGUUGUUUUCUUGGAAGCCACACUACCAGGCUGCGAGCUUUUAUAUACAUACAUGUUAAUCGAAGUCUGCCUUCCAUACAACAUCCUUCAUUUUCAAGCCUUCAUUUGAUUAUUUUCUCUCCUUUUGUAAUUCUUUCCAGAUUCCAUAAAAUUUGUAUACGAUUUUGACUCCUCUAUGGCGGAAAUAAAGUGCAAAGUAGAUGGUGAUCACUUGGGUUGUGGUUUUAUAGGGGGAAUCUUCCAACGCCGGAGCUACUGGCCGAGAAGAACUUCUGUGCAUUCACUUCCGGCAGACACUAGCAAUGAUGUAAUCAAUGCAAAGAGUACUGAAAAUUCCAAGAGGCACAGAAGCAGCUCCGGUGUGUCUGCUCCCGCAGCAUCAAAUUUAGGUAAACCUGCACCAAAACUCAAUGAACAACCCAUCGCAAGGAACUCUAUCUCGCUUCAUUCCAGGCUUCCAGCCUCUCACAUUCAAGGUCAAAGACUUUCCGAUGCUCCAAGAAACUCAACAUCAUCUUGCAGUACUAGUUCAGGCCAAAGAAAAACGUCUCGGUUCCCGGACACCGGAGAUGAAAGGAAGCCGAAAAGAGAGCCCCCCGGAGACAGUACAGAGCUGACUAGGAUGGCAACUGAUUCCCAGCAAUUAAGUGAAAGCAAAGCCCUUGUUCGAGCCACAUCAAGCAAUGUAAUGCUUUUAGGCCACCUCGGUAACUUGGGGCAGACAGGGCCAGGGAAAUUGGUAGCAAAUAACAGUCCCAAUGCCACUGUUAAAACUGUGAAUUACCUUUCCGGAAAUCUUCAAGAGAAAAGCUCCAUGCCUAACCCCAAAAAUGGCGUUGGGAAAACUGGCAGCAAUGCUAUUAUGGGCAACAUUGUCAGGAAGAAUAGUGAUAAAUAUAGACAGUUUCGAGGUCCGGUGAAUAAAUUAGAUCCUGAAGCGUUCAAGUCUCAGGGAAAUGAUGCAUAUAAGCAGGGAAGAUUUGAACAGGCCUUAGCACUGUAUGAACAAGCCAUAGCUCUCGAUCCAAAUAAAUCCUCCUAUCAUUGCAAUAAGAGUGCCGCUUUGAUAGGUCUAGGCCGGCUUGCGGAGGCUAUCUUUGAAUGCCAAGAAGCAAUUCGGAUAGAGCCUUCAUAUCAUAGAGCUCAUCAUCGUAUGGCAAAACUGUAUCUCAGAGUGGGAGAAGCGCAGAACGUAAUGUAUCACUGCAAACACUCUGGCGCCUAUGCUGACUCGGAAGACAUAGCCCAAGCUCAGUCUCUACAAAGACAUCUCAGCAGGUGCACCAAGGCUCGUAAGCUAAAAGAGUGGAAUACUCUGCUAAAGGAAACCCAGUCAGCAAUAUCUUCCGGUGCUGACUCUGCACCACAGGUCUACGCUCUGCAAAUCGAGGCCUUGCUGAACCUUUAUAGACAUGAAGAAGCCUAUGCUACCUACCAGAAGGCACCAAACUUCAGUAUUGAUUUUUGUACAAGGCUGUUUGGCACUACAGGUAGUGCUUACAUAAUGAUUAUUGAGGCACUGGUUUUCCUGGCAGCUGGCAGGUUUGAGGAUGCAGUGGCAGCAUCUCAACAUGCAGCUAGACUUGACCCAAGCGACAAGGAGGUGAAUACAGUGGUUAUCGGGGCUAGAGCAUCAGCAUCAGCUCGAUUGAGUGGAAAUCUGCUCUUCAGGGCAUCAAAAUUCUCUGAAGCGUGUGGGGUAUACAGUGAAGGACUAGAAAAUGAUCCUUAUAACUCAGUUCUGCUGUGCAACCGAGCAGCCUGUCGGUCAAAGCUGGGUCAAUUUGAGAAAGCUGUUGAAGACUGCACAGCAGCCCUGAGCGUGCGGCCUUCUUACAGCAAGGCUAGGCUACGAAGGGCAGAUUGUAAUUCCAAGUUGGAAAGGUGGGAAGCUGCAGUUCAAGACUACGAGAUAUUGAUAAGAGAGACUCCCGGGGAUGAGGAAGUGGGCAGAGCUUUGUUUGAGGCCCAUGUCCAGCUUAAGAAGCUACGUGGUGAAGACAUUAAGGACCUAAAAUUUGGUCCAAAUUUGAUUUUCAUCACUAGUCAUGAACGUUUUAGACACUUUAUAACCUCACCCGGGAUGUCCGUGGUGCUUUUUUGUAAGAAAACGACCCAAAAGCAAGUGUUGCGAGUCCUGGAGCAAGUUUGCCAGAAAUUCCCAUCAAUCAACUUCCUGAAGGUUGAGAUUGAAGACCACCCCUACUUGGCGAAAUCAGAGCGUGUGAGGUCCGUUCCGGCCUUCAAGAUAUACAAGAACGGAACAAGGGUGAAAGAAAUUCCAGGCAACGACCGUGAAGUGUUGGAAACUUCAGUCAAAUUGUACAGCAGUUGAAGAUACAUAUAUUUGUACAAAAGCAAAAGUGGAUAUAAUUUUGUGCAUAGGCAUCACGGGACAGGAAGCUUCUAAUUUUACAAAUUAAGAAGGAAGGAAUUGAAGCCCCAUUAUAUAAUAAAUUGGGCUAAGUACGUGCAUGGAAAUGUCUGUUACUUUGCUGAUGGCAUUGCACACUGAAAUGGAAGAAGAGGAGUGAGGGAAAUUAAUCAGCUUGGUACGAAAUUACAAGUGAAGUGAAACUUUAGGGUUUUCUUUGUACUUCAACGAUUUUUAUUUUCUUGCUUUUGAAUGUGAUCAAUGCAGUACGUAACCUUUAAGCCUCUAUUUAUGUGUUAAAAUAGAUAUUGA